CGGUGCCUCCGCCAAGGGGUACGGAGAGAGAGGCAGCCCCGAGCCGCCGCCGCAGCCACAAGCGUCGCCAUGCCGGUGGACCUGGCGAAAUGGGACGGGCCGCUGAGCCUCGCCGAGGUGGAGCAGAAGCCGGCGCACCCACUGAGGGUCAAGUAUGGCUCCGUGGAGAUCGACGAGCUGGGCAAAGUGCUCACGCCCACUCAGGUCCAGCAUCGCCCCACCAGCAUCGAGUGGGACGGCUGCGAUCCCCAGAAGCUUUACACCCUGGUUCUGACAGACCCUGAUGCGCCCAGUCGGAAGGACCCAAAGUUCAGGGAGUGGCAUCACUUCCUGGUGACCAACAUGAAAGGCAACAAUGUGGGCAGCGGGACCGUGAUGUCGGAUUAUGUUGGCUCCGGUCCUCCCAAGGGAACAGGGCUGCACCGCUACGUGUGGCUGGUGUACGAGCAGCCCCAGCAGCUGGCCUGCAACGAGCCCGUCCUGUCCAACCGCUCCGGGGACAAGCGUGGCAAGUUCAAGGUGGCCGCCUUCCGCAGCAAGUACGGGCUGGGGGCGCCGGUGGCGGGCACCUGCUACCAGGCUGAGUGGGAUGACUACGUGCCCAAGCUGUACGAGCAGCUCUCGGGGAAGUAGGGCUGGGGCCCGUGGGGCACUGCAGCACCCGUGGCUGGGGCUGGCACAGCGCUGUAGUUCUGUUUUGUUAAUGAGUUGAACCCAACUGUCCCGCUCUGACCGCUGGAAAUGUCGCUCUGUCGCUGUCCCUGCUGUGUCCAGGCCUGUGCUGAUGCCCGUGGGAUCCUAGCUAGAGAGCUGCUGAUGGGUGUCCCUGGAAGGGCUGCUCCCUCCAAACUGACCUGCUUAAGGGAAUCAAAAGCCUUUGUGAAGUAGUGUCAAUUCAGGGGGUCUCUGCUGUCUUGGGAGGGCUUGAGGUGGCAGGGCUGUGGGUACACAACCACUUUGGGGUGGGUGCUGGCUGUGGAGACUCCCUUUACCAAGAGAGGAAAGGGCAGUCAAAGGGAAACUUCCUCCCCUUUUGUUUUCUUUCCCCCUUCUACCUUUGGCCAGUGCCUCCACAUCACCACUACAGUAGUGAAGGUGCAGCUCUGGGGGGAGGCAGGAGCUGGCCUAGAACACUUCCUUCUGUUCUCUGCUGCCACUCAAAGCUGAGACCACUUUGUUUUGUUCAGUCCUGUGGUGCCCUGCCCUGUGCUCACAGUGCAAUUAAAAGCUUCCCAAGGUA